AUGUUCUUUCUGAUUUCUUUUACUUGUUGCUCCGUGCUUUUGAGUGUUGUGAUUGGUGAGAUAUAUCCUGGUGCUGUAAAUCAAAAUUUUUAUUCAAAUGGAAUAACGACCACCCCUCUCUUUCAACUGCACGAAACAAAAGAUGUAUUUAUUCCGAAAAAAACUUCGGAAUUUGGAAAAACGAUUCACGAACAUCAACCUCCUUAUAAAAACCAACAGUUCAAACAAAUCAAGAGACGAAACCAAAGGAAAAUAAAAAAAAGAAGAUUCAGACGAGCUGUCACCGCUCACGAUGACAAGCUAUGGGAUUACGGAGUCAUCCCUUACGAAAUAGACGAAACGUUUACAGGCCGCAAGGACGUUCUAAAACAGGCAAUGCGUCAUUGGGAAAACUUCACUUGCAUUAAGUUUGUUGAAAGAAACAACCAAGAACAUCCUGAUUACAUUUACUUCGCGGAAAUGUCCUGCGGGUGUUGUUCAUCCUACGUCGGGAGGAAAGGAGAUGGAGGUCAAGCUAUGAGUAUCGGCCCUAAUUGUAAUUUUGGAAACAUUUUACACGAGCUUGGCCAUGCGAUAGGUUUUUGGCAUGAACAUAGUAGACCAGAUAGGGAUAACCACGUCAAAAUUAUAAAAGAGAACAUUAGAAGAGGUUGGGAGAACAAUUUUAAUAAACUGAAAGAAGAAGAAGUUACAACUCUGGGUUCUCUCUAUGAUUACGACUCGAUUAUGCACUACUCAAGAAACGGCUUUUCUAAAGGAGUCUAUCUGGAUACCAUUCAACCCGUUGAUUUGGAAAAUGUAGUACACGAUAUUGGUCAAAGAAUUCGACUGAGUGAAGGCGACAUACAACAAACAAACCGUCUCUACAAGUGUCCAAAAUGUGGACAAACCUUUCAACAAAACUCGGGAACAUUUUCUUCCACCAACAACAAAGAACAAAAUUGCGAGUGGAGAAUUACAACAACUAACGGUGAAAAAAUUGUAUUGACGAUCCUUAAGCUAGAUAUAGGACAAUCUCCUGAUUGUAACAACUACAUAGAAAUAAGAGAUGGUUACUGGUACAAGUCACCCCUACUGAAAAAACUCUGUGGCGGUAACAAAACUAAAACAGUUAUUUCAACCGGAAGCAGGAUGUUGAUUAGUUCUUUCACAAAAGACCCAAAAAAAUAUUAUAGUUUCACGUUGAAAUAUGAAGUUAUAUGUGGUGGGCAAAUUUUCAUCGAAAACGAAGAACAUAUUGAAAGUCCUAACUAUCCAGAUGAUUACGAAGCAAAUAAAAAGUGUACGUGGAAAAUUACCGUCCCAAAGAAUUAUAAAGUCGCUUUAGAAUUUUCUUUUUUCGAAAUGGAAAAUCACGGUGGUUGCUUAUAUGAUUACGUAGAAAUCAGAGAUGGGUUUUCUACUGAUAGUAAACUUUUGGGUUUAUAUUGUGGGCAUACUUUACCACCGAAUAUUAUAUCAACUACUGAAAAUUUACUUUUGAAAUUUGUUUCUGAUGCAUCUAUUCAUAAGGGUGGUUUUGCGGCCACCGUUUUCAAAGAGUAUGACAAAUGUGCCAUAUUGGAUCAUGGUUGUGCCCACAAUUGUGUCAAUACUCUCGAAGGCUACGAGUGUGUUUGUAAAAUCGGUUUUGAAUUACAACCAGAUGGAAAGAGUUGUAAAAGUACCUGCGGUGGAAUAUUGGAAGCUUCUUCCGGUAGUAUUUCGUCACCUUCAUUUCCUGAAACCUACCCUCCUAGUAAAAAAUGUUUCUGGGAAAUAGUUACCCAGAAAGACCAUCGUGUCGUGCUAAAUUUCACCCAUUUUAAUCUGGAGGGAAAUAGUAUAGACUAUGUUCACCACAUGUGCGACUAUGACAAAUUGGAAGUUUACAGUAAAUUAAAUGAAGGUGAAAUCAAGAAACAUGGCACGUUUUGUGGGUCUAAAAUACCUCAACCAAUCACAUCAGAAAGUAAUAUUUUAAAAAUAAUCUUCAGCUCAGACGACAGCAUGCAAAAGAGUGGCUUUUCUGCUUCUUUCUUCACUGAUUUAGAUGAAUGUUCUACCAACAACGGCAAUUGCCAACACGGUUGCACCAACACUAUAGGUUCCUACAGGUGUAUAUGUCCCGAAGGUUACACUCUCCACAAAAACAACCACAACUGUACCAAAGGCGACUGCUUUUACGAAAUUUCAUCCCCUUUCGGUAGGAUACAAAGCCCCAAAUAUCCCGACGUGUACCCCAACAGGAAAACUUGCGUUUGGAAAUUUACAACGCUUCCGGGUCACAGAGUUUGUGUGUCGUUUUUAUUUUUUAGAGUGGAGUAUCAAGAAGAAUGUUUCUAUGACCGUGUUGAACUCUAUGAUGGUCUUUCGUCAGGUGAUCGUACUUUGGGCAAGUUUUGCGGAGACAGGUUACCUGAACCUUUAACUUCUUCCGGUACAGACCUGUAUAUGACUUUUAAAACUGACGCUUCCACUCAACGAAAAGGUUUCUGGGGUACUUACUCGACGGUGUGUGGUGGGGUCCUGCAGGCUGAAACGAGGGAAAAGUAUAUUUAUUCGCAUGUACAAUUCGGUGUGGGUAAUUAUGGCAACGAUAUCGACUGCACUUGGAUUGUUAAAGCUGACUAUGGGUUUGGUGUAAGAUUGGCGUUUUCAAGUUUUGAUAUAGAGGACGAUGUGGAUUGUCUGUAUGAUUAUGUGGAGAUAUUUAGUGAAAAGAAGUCAAACAGUUUUGCGCGUGGGCGUUAUUGCGGUAAUGUGAAGCCAACGGAUUUGCUGUUCAAUGAUGUGGUUGUGCUGCGUUUUAGAACUGAUGACUCCUUUGGAAGAACAGGGUUUAAAUUAAUUUAUCAAAGUGAUAAAUCUGUUAUGAAACACAUUUUAAAGAAACAAUAA